UGCCGGCCGCUGCUGGAAGCUGUUCAUUCAUUCGUCGCGCACCAGGGCAUGGCUACUGUGUUCUCGAUUCUUAUCUGAUUUGCGUGACGCCGGGUCACGCCAUAAGGUCGUGUAAACCCAUUCGUGUUGUCUGAUCAUUGCAGCUAUGUAUUUUUUUGGUGGAGUUCACGUUGUAUUCAUUAAAGUGCUGGUUUGUGUGGUACCGGCAUCGUGCGGGAUCUCUUUGGCCCCGGGCCAAAUCAAGCAAGGCUGCCUCAUUCAAUUAGCAUAUAUGAUAACUGGCUCGUUUCACUACUGCGUGCCGCUUCGGCACGUGUGACCUUGAACUUGCUGCUGGCCCGUUCUUGGAUCCUCGUAUCGUGAUGUUUCGCUGUCAUAUAUAUGGCUUCGGAUAAGGAGGUUAUUAAUAAACACACUCGCUCUUGUUACUAGGCGCCUUGGCAGCGUAGCGGAGACGGUGAAUGUCUGUUGGUGCAGCUCGUUUUGAUUCGGGAGAUGCGGCUUUGAUAAAGUUCAUAGUUAAUUAUCCGCGGUGUCCGGACCAGUCGCAAUUAAAAGCGCAGUUAGCGGACUGUGCUAACGUGUGAGGGAACACACGGGUUUUUGUCAAAGAGUGUGUCGCACAACAGCAGAUAUUGCGAUAUCUUAAUUUUUUGUAACAGCACAACACGAGCCUAAAGCACAGCUUACUAAGAACAGCUCUAGAUAGCUGUUAAUUUUCUGUUUGUGCCGUAGCAAAUUCCAAUAACUUUGACUAAUUAUGUAUUAAAAGAAGAAAGGAAUGGUGAGAUGAGAGUCUACAAAGCUUAUUAGGCACAAGAGAAGGGAAAAAAAUGGUAUGGUGAUAAUGUGACACAUACUUUGCCGGGGAAAACGAGACGAUUGGUGUGCACUGGUUCUUUUUAGGGCUUCAUUGCUCUCCACACAUCGCAUCACAUUGGCAUUCAGCUUAAAAUGAAGUGCAGCCGAGGAUGUCGUAACCCUGCAAGGAGCAGCUAGCUGUUUGCACUCAUUGUCUUCUGUAAAGUAAUUUUCUGCUAGAGGAGGCUUGUACAGUCUUGGAAAAAUGAAAUGCAAACAAAAAAUUAAGAAGUAGGACAACUUUUGCAGGCAAUAACUAGUGAGCAUGAUCUUGAAUUGCUACAAUUAUCUGGUCAUCAGGGAACUUAUACACCUGACAUUAAGCAUACAAACUGAAAUCGUGCUGAUAUUACAUGUAAUAGUAAAAGUGGGAACGAAAAAUGUGUUCUAGUUAUCUACGACUUGUUUGUAUUUCAUUUGUCCGUGACUGUACAUAUUAGGCAUUCACAGUUAUCAUUUGAUUUAGCCAAUCGAAAGCAAAGCCAUAUUUAACCUUCAUGUGCAAGCCAUUCUGCAUGUAUGUUUUGCUGAGUGCGUCAUGCUGUCACGAGUUUACAUGGUCGCUGACAAUGGAAGUUUCCGUGCACGUGUUUUGUAUUGUCAUGCUGCAUCCAUUAUGCAACACCAGGCCUUUGUGUUUGCAUGCUCAAUCACUGGCGAACCAUGUGGUAUGACAAGGCCAGAAAUAGAACAAAAAAAUUUGCUUCACAUUUAGAUGGCCUUGACCUAUAUUUUUAGAACAAUACCUGAAACUAAUAAAACGCUUCUGAGCACAUUUAAUUCUUGAAUCCGCAUAGCCAUUUUUUGUUGCAAACUAGCAUACGUGCCAUUGCUUGAUUUUUUUGGGGCAUUAACACAGCAAUUGCCACUGAUUCACACAGCAGGUAAGUUCGUGGUUUGCGCAUGCAUGCGAAAGGCAGUGCGCCAAUUUGGGUGCGAAGCAAAAGGUGGGAUUAAACUUUUGAUUCCUGACUCGCAGAUGCUGUGUGAAUGAAUUAGGAAUGAAGCGUCUUGCGUUUAGUGUGCCCGCCUUCCCGUGUACGCACAAUAAAAUCUAUUCUUGAGCUUGAUUGCGUCCUUCUUACAACUCUAAUGGUUUACAAUCUGUGCUGAAGUGUGUAAAGCGUGUGCAGCUGGUUUCAUGUAUAGCUUGAAAAUAUUGGAUGCACUCUUUUGCUUGUAGGUAGGCUUGGCAAAAUUUCAUUAAUGUUAACUGCCUGCUAUUAUGCUUAUGCUAAUCUACACUUCCUCUUACCAUUCCAGUCAGUAAAUUUGGAGAUUGAGUUCAUGUUCUUGGUGUAGGGUUUAAAUCCAGGUUUUUGGCAUCUAUUGGAGCCGAUUAGAAAAGCACUCGUACAGUACGCUGCUGUUCUCUAGAUUAGGCACUGGCCGGCCACCAAAGUUAACUGGCAUCUGAAGCAAGUGAGGGAAGACUAAGACACUGCUAUCUGGUGACACCAACUGAAAGCUUGCAUCAGUUAACUUUGCAGCAAUAUUUUUUGUGCGUUGAAGGAACAGUGGAUUGCUUUUCUUUGUUGUGUUUAUAAGCUGUAGUUCAUACUGGCACCUACAGUGAGUCUGAAGUGCAAAGGCAAGGGAAGCUUUUUCGGACUAAGUUGCCAGGUCGCAGCCAAAAACACUCAAUUUUUUUGUGAAACGUCACUAAGUGACGAUGAUGAAGGCUUGCUUGGAAAUGUCUUUGUAAUGUUUUAAUUGUUCCUAGGCGUCUUCUGUGACAUUUUUUAGCCUGUAGCUCUACUUAACCUCUUGCGGGGGCAAGGCAGCGGUCGGAGAGUGAUAAGGCGAAACAAUGCUUGGUCUUUCAAAGCGGUAUCGCUUCUCAAGAUUGUGCUUUGCCUAGAAAAGCUGCUUUGAUGCGUUCAUGUGGCUCGCUAAUAAGCUACUUGCCAUGUCCUCAGAAGUAGCAGCAAAUGGAGGCGCACGUAUCCCCUGUGGCUAAAAUGGACAUGAGUCAUCGCACUCGGCCAGUCUUUUCUAUCAAGGCAAUUUGCCGGCUACACGCACCGUUGAAGAGUCGCCAAAAAGGUUGCCAUAACUUCAAAAGAGCAAGGUUAUCAUUAAGGGGACUAAAAGCAUCGCGAAAUUUAGCAACUUCUUUGCCAACUUGCCAACACUGCUUCAUAGUUGUAAAUGCUUACUUAGUUACAAGAUAUCUUUUUGUUAAAAACUGUUUCUAUGUUUAUGCAGCUGCGUGAUGCGACUUGGCUCAGUGAAAAUCUGACUGCAGCUUUGUCUUUUGUCCCAAGUCUCUUCACACAAUUGUGCAAGCUCACUCAAAUUUCACUUGUUUUUACAAAGCAAUUAUUUAUUCUAAUAAAGCUUCUUGAUUAGUAUUGUACUGUGUGCUGUGCCUAAAACCAGCUGCAGAUGCUGAGUAAGAUAAGCGUUGUGUGGUUGCGGCUUGAGUUGCAUGAAGAGCGUUGCCUGCUACGCUUUCUGUGCGCAGUCAUGCUCAGCUUUCUGUGCUCCAUAGCACGAGAGGAACGAAAACUCCUGUCACAGCCCAGGUGGGAACUUUUCUUUUUUUGGCAUUUCCAGAGUACCAGCACCUUCUCCCUCCCGAGCACACAACAAAAGUUUCAGCAGAUCAUCUCAUUGCAUCGCACUUCUGCCAAGAAAAAUGGAUGCUCCGCGGCCAUUGCCUAUCUCUUGAGGCUGCAGCUGGUUGUUCAUUUUUUGAAGCUCUCGCCUCGCCCCUAUCGUCGUCGAGCCCACGGCACCACACCUCCGUCACGUGUUCGUCACGCAGCAACACCCCAAGAUGCGUGACGCAACCGACGAGCCGAUGAGAGCGGCACGUCUGCUCGCCGAACCCGUCAAGACGUCCUCGGACAACAGCUGUUGGCUAGAGCAGUAUCGGUGGAACAAAGAGGAUGUGGUUCCCCCCUCCUUCACUUCUUCCAGCUGGCCGAUAACACUGCCUCCUCCUGCAAUCUUGUCUCGUCCCUGGCGGAUAUUUUUCAGAAGUGAAAAAGGAUAAGUGCUCUCAGUGGGGGAGCUGAGAAGCGUUUGCUUGGGUGUCCUAGCUUGAGGCGAGGGGUAGAUAGCCUAGUAAUGUGUGGGGCAUGGGCCAGAAGACAUUGGAGGCUUGUUGAGAAAGGGCCUACAUUCUACGCUUCCUUGGACUCCUGCCAUCAGUCCAGAGUGUAAGGUUCACGAUGAGCAACGUUGCUGCAUCAAGUGAGAAGCCUCUCCUGACCUUUGGCGUCUUGACUGACGUCCAGUAUGCAGACUGCGAUGACAAGCCAGCAGGCUAUGAUCCGUCGCUCAUACGCUACUACAGGAAUGCCCUGAACCAGGUGGAGCGCGCGUAUGCCCACUGGAGCCGCGUGCCAGGCUUGAGCCUGGUGCUUCAGCUGGGCGACCUGAUAGACUACCACAAUGCGGGUUGCGGCCGUGGCUUGGACCGCGUCCUGGCCACCCUGGCCAACGACGGGUCGCUACCCACCUACCACACCCUGGGCAACCACGAGCUCUACAACUGCACCCGGCGCGACCUGGUGCGACGCUACGUUUGCCCGCGCCUGCUGCCAAACUGGACGCCUCCGGCCACGGACGACCCGGUCUUUUACUACAGCUUCAGCCCCGUGCCAGGUGUGAAGCUCAUUUCCCUGGACUGCUUUGAGGAGAGCGUGCUGGGCCGUGAUCCGUCGGAGCCACGGUGGCAGCAGGCAGCGGAGCUGCUGAGCAGGGUGCAUGGCACGUCGGACCCGCAGGCGUGGGAGUGGCCAGACGCACUGGUGGGACUGGACAAGAGGUUCGUCGACUCCAACGGAGCACUGAGUGAGGCACAGUUGAAAUGGCUCAGUGCAGAGUUGACGGAGUCGGAUGCUGCAGGCGACGUGGUCAUUGUCUUUGGCCAUCUGGCCAUCUCGCCCGCAAGCGCCAGUGCCGACUGCCUCCUGUGGAACUACAGGGAUGUGAUGGACUUGUUUGAGGCGCACCCGUGCGUGGCUCUCUACCUGUGCGGGCACACCCACCGCUGCGGCUAUGCCAAAGACGCCCGCGGCACCCACUACAUGGCGCUGGCGGGGAUCAUAGAGACCGAACCCGAAAGUGUAGCUUUCUCAACGGUCUCCGUCUUUUCCGACCGGAUAGAAGUCGUUGGCUCCGGUCGCGAGGAAAGCCGAACCCUCGCAAUCCGUUCCCCCCAACCUGCGGCUGAGGUCGAUGCAGAGGAAGAACUUCUGGCUGCGCCUGCUGUUGCGUCUCCACUCGCUGUUCGUGUCGCGGUGUGAAGUCUGCGUCAGUGUGCCUCUCUGCAGAGCUGUUGGCUUGGGCACUUAUAUAUUAAGUCGGCUUGGCUUGCCGCGAGGGACUCGCAAGAAAUCAUAUGGUUGAGGAAGAGUGAGGCAGGGCUUUCAUUGACUAGCAACCAUGCUCUUUGUGCAAAACUUUCCCCUGUAGUGUUUAAGGGAGCUGGUGCUAGCUUCACCUUCCUCUUCUUUGUACAAAAAUUUUCUUGUGUCCUGGCUGCACAGUUUUCGUCCAUGUUUCAUUUUUCUAUAAAACCAAGUAAACAAGCAUACUUAUCCCCCUUACAGCCAGUACUGUAUCGUGCAGGAAGGAAAGAGUUACUUUCUUAUUUUCAUUUUACCCAAUUGGGUUCAUUAUCGUUUAUCACCUUCUGCCCAUUUUUCUUUCUUUUUUUCAGUUUUCCUCCCAAGAAAACAUGCCCUGAGCAUCCGUGCAAUCGUAAGGUUCUGAAUGAUGCAAGGCAGUGGCAAUAUUCUAUCUAUGUGUAUGCUUAUAACUAGUUCGAAGCAUUCUGUAGAGAGUUCACACAUGAACUUGCUGUGCACGUUCACAUUCAUUAUUGAUUGAAUGUGAUAUGUUGCACAUGCCUCCUUAGUAUGGGAUGGGUCACUUCAGUACUGUAAUCGAUCAAUUGAACAUUCCUCUCGGCCCACUUUUAAAAUGGUCAUAGUAUUACCGUCACAAUUCUGGGAUGUUUAGCAUAGAAGAUGUUAAUUGUAAAGACCUUAGAACUGGGAAUGUACGACACAUAUUUAUGAGAAAUAUUUCUUGCCCUUAAGUACAUUCUGGUAUAUUUUCUUCUUACUUGUUUGUUUAACCCAGUUUUGUUAGCUCAAAAUUGCUUCUGUAGCACUAGUCUUGGACUAUCUUGCCAUAUUUUUUAACCUCAUCAUAAUAACACAGUUCCUCAUUUUAGUUUUUCAUUCUAGACUAUAUUAGUUUUGUCACGGGCUAGCUAACUUGCUCCUAAUUAGCUGUGCAUGACACCUUUUGGCAUCACCUUCAAAGAACAGGAAUUUCCGAGCGUGUUCGACUUGUUUGUGCAUGAAUGUUCGAAAUGUGUGCCAAUAAGUUCGAAAGUUCCUGGAGUGCACCGACGUUUGCCAAAACAACACGUGCACAUAGCGCAACCAAAUGUAUUUAUGCAUGGUGUGCAGCGUUUUUCUAUGUACAUGUUGUGAGGUGCCUUCUGUUUCUUGUGUGCUAAGUUGAACUUUUUGUACGCACUGCCCAUGUUUUACCUGGGCGUGUGAUGGUUUUGGGAAACAGCAGAGCCUCAUUGAAGGGUUACCUUGCGGGAAGAGAAGACAGAUUAGUAUGGCGGGCCUUUAUACGUGUGACAUGAUGUGCGAGGGUUGGCAGCAACUUGUAUUUGGCAUGUUUGGUAGAGGUGUUGCUUUGCAUUGUCUCUGUUUUUGGAGGCAAGGGAGCAAAUUUGUGUUUUAUACAGGCACUAUUGCCAUUUAUUCGCAAGCGCUAAUGCCACUUCCUUACUCGGUUAUUUGUGUGUUUAUAGGGAAGGUUUGCGUUAGUCAUUUACUUGGUAUCUUGGCAUCAAAACGUUGCACACAAACAUGCACUGUGUCAUUAUAGCAUGUUCACUUUACACAAGCUGCCUCACAUUAAUGCAUGGCAGUGCAUGGCCUUCUUAUUUAUUGCAUUGUUAAGCUUCAUCUUUAAGUGUGUUUAUUGCAAUGUCAAUUUCUUGUGAAUUUUUUUGUGCUGUGUAAUAUGGAGAGCACGAAUCUCGGCACCAACAGUUUAGCAGUGUUUCUUCUGGAUUUAGUUUAAUAAAGUUCAUACAAAUGCUGCCA